AUGACUUCUGCUACUGCUGGCAAGGAAAUGGAGAUCGAGAUUCUGAUCGAGGAAGGCGAACCACUGGGAGCGACCCCAAACGACAAGUUGACGAUCACGAAAGUGCAAGAGGGAACGGUGGCUGAAGGACAUUUGCAAGUCGGCGACCAAAUCUUGAAGCUCAACGGCUUCCCACUCAACAAUGCAAAUGAUUUCUUUCGUCGUCUUCGCUUCGCCCCACCCGUUGCCCGGCUCACUAUUCUUCGUGGAGGAGAGAAAGCUCGAGAGCUCGCCACCCGUGUCCACAUUCCAGCGGAUCGCGAAAAACUUAUUCAGCGUCGUGACGGAUAUGCAUACGAAUUGGCCAAGUUGAACUGGGCUCCCGGAGGACCAAAGCUCGGACUCGGCAUCAAGCACUACCAGAAUCGAGUGCUCGUCAGUCGUGCUGAUCCCGGAUCCCUUGCCGCCGCUUGUCUUCAGAUCGGCGACCAUUUGAUCGACAUUGACGGAACGCCCGUGACGGACAAAGAUGUGGCUCGAGAUCUUCUUCUAAAGGCACUCCAGACCAAGGGUGAAGUGGCAUCAGUAAUUGAGCGACCGGUGUCGGGUGAGGCGAAGCACUGGAUCCAACAAGCACUCGCCACUCAAACGGCUGCUCCUCCAUCUGUCCAAAUGAACUCUGAUGUGCGCGCCAUCGCCGCCAGACAACGUGCCGCCCUUCCCGCUAAAGCCACUAUUGUUCCUAAGUCGAUCCUCAUUAAACCUGGUGCUGCACCACCCAAAAAUCGUCGUGUGGUCGUCGCAGAGAAGACAAACAAGGAGCACAUGAUUGCUUCGGACAACGAGGGCCGCAAUCUGCGAUCGGUGAGGAAA